AUGAUAUCGGAACCGAAUUUACCUCAUUCAUUCUUACAAUCGACAAUAGUUUUCGAACAAUGGGAAGGACAAGAAAAAGGAAUUAUUAGAUCACCGGCAAUAAUCGAAUAUAAUGAUGACUAUUCAAAGAUAAUAAGAUGGGGCACACCAGUUUUAAAACAAUUAAAAAACGAUCCGGAUAAUCCGAAUGAAGACUCGGAAUUUCCAAGAGAAAUUUAUACCUUUCAAGUGUUUAAUAGUGAACAAGAAGACAAUUGGUUACCACCUGAACUCUCUCGAAAAAAGUUAAUUAGUGAUUAUUUAAGUGAGAUACAAAAGGUUAUUGUUUCUACCAUACAAGAAAGUUGGCCCGGAGUUAAACCAUCUCAAGAAACUGGUGUUUUAUUCAUUGUGCCAGAUAAAUGGGGACCUACAUAUUGCAAUAUUUUAAGUCAAUGUUUACUUGAAAAUCGAUUGCUUUGUGAUAAUAAAGAAAAUAUUCAAUUUAUUUCGAGAGGAAAAGCUAUUGCAUUGAAUUGCCUCUCUGAAAAUAAAGGUGUUUUAAAAUAUGGAGAUUACUUUUUGAUCGUGGAGAUUGAUAGGGAUACAAUUAAUUUGACCGCAAGAGAAUAUAUGUCAGAAAAUACACUUGAUGAAAUUCAUGAUCGUAAAGGGGAUUAUAAAGAAGAUUCAAGUAUUGAAAAAAGAUUUUUAACAUCUCAAGGAAUUUCCAACGAUAUUUCAAUUCAUAAGAAUACAAACCUAAAACAAAUUUAUCAAACUCAAUUACAAAUACAACCAAACCUUGAAUCAUUAAUUAAAAAAUUUCAAUUAACUGGUAAACAAACAAGAACAACAAGAACAAUUGAAUUAGGUUCAAUUUUACCUUCAUUAAAAGAAAUGAAUUUAGAGUUAAAUAAAUGGUGUAUUGAAUUAGAUUUGAAAUUGAUCGCAGAUUUAUUCGAUCCUUUAUCGGAUAGACUGCAACGAUUUAUUAAUACUAAAUUUAAAGAUGAAGAUGAAUAUAUAGAAUAUUCCGUCAUAUUCUUUGUUGGAAACAUUUUUAAAAUUUUAUUAAAUGGAGCUUUGGAAUUUGUACAAGAUAAUACUUUAUAUCCGGUUUUAACUAGUUUGCUUAGAAAAGCAUUUUGA